GAGGAGGCGGCGGGCGCCCAGGCUGCCAGUCAGCGCGGGCAGCUCCCGGCUGCGGAGCGCGGGCGCGGGCGCGGGUGCCAGGCCCGGGAGCCCCGACCGGACGGACGGGCCAUGCUGGCCGUGUCGCUCAAGUGGCGGCUGGGCGUGGUGAGGCGGCGGCCCAAAGACGACGAGCCCUAUGCCAGAGGAGGCAAAGACGCCCUCGGGCCGGAGGGGACGCUCGCAUGCCGCAGACAGAGCAUCCCAGAGGAGUUCCGCGGGGUCACGGUGGUGGAGCUCAUCAAGAAGGAAGGCAGCACGCUGGGCCUGACCAUCUCGGGGGGCACCGACAAGGAUGGCAAGCCCAGGGUCUCCAACCUGAGGCCUGGGGGGCUCGCAGCCAGGAGCGACCUGUUGAACGUGGGUGACUACAUCCGUUCCGUGAACGGGAUCCGCCUGACGCAGCUGCGGCACGACGAGAUCAUCACCCUGCUCAAGAACGUGGGCGAGCGCGUGGUGCUGGAGGUGGAGUAUGAGCUUCCCCCGCCCGUCCCUGAGAACAACCCAGGGACCCUUUCGAAGACGGUGGAUGUGGCCCUCUACAAAGAGGGCAAUAGCUUUGGCUUUGUCCUCCGAGGAGGCGCCCACGAAGACAGCCACAAGUCCCGCCCUCUCGUCCUGACACACGUGCGGCCCGGCGGCCCCGCGGACAGGGAGGGCUCCCUGAAGGCGGGCGACCGGCUGCUGAGCGUGGAUGGGAUCCCCCUGCACGCGGCUAGCCACACGGCGGCCCUGGCCACGCUGCGCCAGUGCAGCCACGAGGCGCUCUUCCAGGUGGAGUACGACGUGGCCGUGCCCGACCCGGCGGCCAGCACGUCGGGGCCCUUGGUGGUGGAGAUCACCAAGACGCCAGGGUCCACGCUGGGCAUCUCGCUCACCACGGGCUCCCACCGGAACAAGCCGGUCAUCACCAUUGACCGCAUCAGGCCGGCCAGCGUGGUGGACAGGAGCGGGGCCCUUCACGCCGGCGACCACAUCCUGUCCAUCGACGGCACCAGCACGGAGCACUGCUCCAUGCUCGAGGCCACGCAGCUCCUGGCCAGCGUCUCCGAGAAAGUGCGGCUGGAGAUCCUGCCGGCGCCCCAGGCGCGGCGGCCGCCGAAGCCCCCGGAGGCAGGGAAGGUGCCGCCGGCAGAGCACGCGCGCCACUGGGGCCCCUGCGUGCCCUCCUGCCACAGCCCCCGGCCCGGCGCCUGCAGGACCCCCAGCUGGGCCACACCCCCUGGCCAGGACUCCAGCCAAUCCUUGUCCUCGACGCCCUUUUCCUCGCCCACCGUGAACCACGCCUUCCCCAGCGCCAACCCCGGCACCCUCCCGCGUGGGCCUCAGCCCGGGAGCCCCCGGACCUCAGUGGGGCGCCGGAAGCAGCGCCGAAGGGAGCACCGGAGUUCCCUGUCACUGGCCUCCAGCACGGUGGGGCCGGCCGGGCAGGUCGUGCACACGGAGACCACCGAGGUCGUGCUCUGCGGGGACCCCCUCAGCGGCUUCGGCCUCCAGCUGCAGGGCGGCGUGUUCGCCACCGAGACGCUCUCGUCUCCGCCCCUGGUCCGCUUCAUUGAGCCCGACAGCCCCGCCGAGAGGUGUGGGCUGCUGCAGGUGGGAGACCGCGUCCUGUCCAUCAACGGCGUCGCCACGGAGGACGGCACCAUGGAGGAGGCCAACCAGCUGCUGCGGGACGCGGCGCUGGCCCACAAGGUCGUGCUCGAGAUCGAGUUCGACGUGGCUGAGUCCGUCAUCCCCAGCAGCGGCACCUUCCACGUGAAGCUGCCGAAGAGGCGUGGUGUGGAGCUCGGCAUCACCAUCAGCUCCGCCAGCAGGAAGCGGGGGGACCCUCUCAUCAUCUCGGACAUCAAGAAAGGCAGCGUGGCCCACAGGACGGGCACACUGGAGCCGGGAGACAAGCUGCUGGCCAUCGACAAUGUCCGGCUGGACAACUGCCCCAUGGAGGACGCCGUGCAGAUCCUGCGGCAAUGCGAGGACCUGGUGAAGCUGAAGAUCCGGAAGGACGAGGACAACUCCGACGAGCAGGAGACCACCGGGGCCGUCAGCUACACGGUGGAGCUGAAGCGCUACGGCGGCCCGCUGGGCAUCACCAUCUCGGGCACGGAGGAGCCCUUUGACCCCAUUGUCAUCUCGGGCCUCACCAAGCGCGGGCUGGCCGAGAGGACGGGCGCCAUCCACAUUGGGGACCGCAUCCUGGCCAUCAACAGCGUCAGCCUCAAGGGCCGGCCACUGAGUGAGGCCAUCCACCUCCUGCAGGUGGCCGGAGAGACCGUCACGCUGAAGAUCAAGAAGCAGCUAGACCGCCCCCUCCCGCCCCUCAAGUCCUGCACCCUCAGUGAGGCCAGCGACGUGGACGAGGACCCGCCUGAGGCCCUCAGGGGGGGCCCACUGGCCGCCCGCUUCUCGCCCGCCGUGCCCAGCGUGGACAGCGCCGUGGAGUCGUGGGACAGCUCGGCCACGGAGGGCGGCUUUGGGGGUUCAGGUCCCUGCGUGCCGCAGGCGGCCGCCCGCAGCCUCACCCCGCACGAGUGGAGGCCGGCCCGGCCGAGGCCCAGCUACCCCCCGGCCCCUGCUGACGAGGAGGACGAGGAGUGGGGGCCAGCAGCGAGCCCCGUGCCCGGCGCGGCCCGCGAGGAGGGCUUCUGGUGUGUGCUCGGGGAGGCGCUGGAGGACCUGGAGUCGUGCGGCCAGUCCGAGCUGCUGCGGGAGCUGGAGGCGUCCAUCAUGACAGGCACCGUGCAAGGCGUGGCCCUGGAGGGGCGGCCUGGGCCCCGGGGCUGGCGAAGGGGCCGCGAGGGCCGAGCUGCACCCGACGAGAUGCAGGAGCUGCUGCUGCCGCCGCCCCCGCCCCCGCUGGAGAUGCACAAGGUGACCCUCCUCAAGGACCCCGGGCGGAAUGACUUUGGGUUCAGCGUCUCGGACGGCCUCCUGGAGAAGGGCGUGUUUGUGCACACGGUGCGGCCUGGCGGCCCGGCCCAGCGCGGGGGCCUGCGGCCCUUCGACAGGCUCCUUCAGGUCAACCACGUCCGCACUCGGGACUUUGACUGCUGUCUGGCCGUGCCCCUCCUGGCCGAGGCCGGCGACGUCCUGGAGCUGGUCAUCAGCAGGAGCCCGCUGGCCACCGGCGGGCGGGCCCCGCGAGCGCCCGGCCCCAGGAGCCCCCGCAUGCUGUGAAGCCGGCUCGCGCUGUGGACACCGGGGGCCACCCACAGAGCCCGGCUUGGGGGCUGGGGGCAGUCGCUGACCCCAGUGCGCGGGUCCCGGGCCACGGAGGGGCGCGCCCUGCUCCUCAGGGCCGCGGAGCCGAGAUGUCCAGCAGCAACCCGGUCCCUACUGGGCGACCGCUCGGUCCUCCCCUGCUUGGCCUCCGGGAGCCCCCUGCCCCCACCGGAGGUGUCCUGCCCAGGAGAGCUGGGAACGGGGGCGGGGAGGGGGGCCUUCAGGGCCUCCUUGGGAGGGGGCACGUUCUCCAGCAGCUGUUAGGGAGUGAGUGCCCCGUCUGGGGAGGCAAGCAAGGAAGAGCCGGAGCCAGCUGUCCCCAGCGCACUGAGGUGGGAGGAGUCGUGUCAGCCACAGGCCUCUGGCUGCAGGGGGAGCCCUGGGGGCGAGGGAGGGGGAGGGGAGGGAAGGGGGGGCACAGCCCCAGGCAGCGAGGAUGUAACCUCUAUCUCUGAGGGGCCCCUGGGGAACCCAGGCUGCGUCCAGUUCCCUCCUCGGCUGAUCCCAAGCGUCUGGUUGGUGGCUGGCGGCCACCAGGUGGCUGUUGGACUUCGGACUCCCAGACCGGGCUUGAGUUUGACACGUGCCCCAGGACCCAUCUGUCCCCACAGGCACAGGGGGACUCGGGGACACUGACCUGGGGAGACGGGCGCUGCUGGCCAUGGUCACAGUGGAGAAGCAGAGGCGGGAGGCACCCGGGAACUCGAGCCCCGGGGUCUGGGAGCAGCAGCACCCCGGGACGCUGUUCUCCAAGGUUCCCCCACCAGACCCCCUUCCGCUCCAGAGGCCGAGGCACCCUCACCCCAGCGUCCAGCGGGGUCCCGGUCUGUCCCGGGGGGGGGGGGCGGCUCUCAGGGGCCUGCUUGGCCUCCACCCAGUUCUCUGUGGGUGUCUGGGGAGAACGGGGCCCCCUCCCCCUCCCCGCCCCCAAAUGCUGGAGACUGGAGGGAGGAGGGACUAGUGGGUUUCGGGGGCUCCCCAGGGAGCCCCAGUUUUGGGCUGUGCCCCCAGGGCCCCUCAGCACUUGACACCCCGGUCCCGGGGCCGCCCUGCACCCCUCUGGCCUCUCGGAGGCCCCCGAAGUCUGGGGGCUGCCAGCAGCCAUGCACAGCGGCAUUUGGAUUCUGCCAGCACCGUGCCCACCCCUCAGACGUGCGGGGGGAGGGGGACAGGCACCGCCCAGGGCCUCUGCCGGGAAAGGGGGAUGUCCGGGCCGGCGAGGGCCGCCUCUUCCCACCCUACCCCACCCCACCCCUGGGGACUCAGGCCUCUCUGUCCCCCCCAACCCCACGAAGUAUGCAGCCGGCCCGCCGGCUUCUCAUAUGCAAUACUCCCUCUGGUUUCUCUGGGGUCCGGGGUCCCCGACUUGGCGCUUCCCGACGCCCCCUGGCGACAGCCCAGCCCGCCUGCACUUUGGGUAGAGCCCUUGCAGCUAGACCUGCCCCCACAAAGCUGUAUUUUUCUCUGGCUGAGAUUAGAGCAUAUUCCUUGUAAAGUAUUUUUCUACACGGGGUUUUCUUAGGGCGCCAGGAAGCACAAGGGCGGGGCCCGGCCCGCGGGGGGCUGGGGUGGGGCACGCACAGCUGCCCCCACUGGGCACGGGGCACCGGUGGUGGCGGGGAUUUUUAAAAAAUAAA